AUGACUCCCGAAAGUGACCCCGGCGAGCCUGUAACUCCUGCAGGCAGACUAUUCCUCCGGCCAGAAAUGGACUCCAUAAUCCACUGCGCGAUCGGUGUCAAAAACGAGAUGGGCAUAGACACCGUAAAAUCAGCAAUCAAGAAUUCUCUCAUGAUCAAGCACCCAAGAUUCUGUAGCCUCCUCGUACGUGAUAAGAAUGGACAGGAGCACUGGAAAAGGACAGAUAUUGAUGUCGAUCAACACCUUAUUAUAGUAAACAACAAGAAUGGUUUUUGCUGUUCAUGUGAUGAUGAUGUUGACAAAAUAGUGAACGACUAUUUAGCUGAUUUAGCAGUUAGUACUCCACUGGACAUAAACAAGCCUCUGUGGGAAAUCCAUGUCAUGUUGGAGCAGAAGUGUGCUAUUUUAAGGAUUCAUCACGCGUUAGGAGAUGGGAUUUCUUUGAUGUCAAUGUUUUUGGCGAUCUGCAGGAAAGCAAGUGAGCCUGAGGCCAUGCCUACUCUGGUUACUGGGAAGAGGGACUAUAGGAAGGAAGGGAAGCGACAGGAUUGGAGCGGGGUUCUUUUGGGAGUUCUAAAGGUGGUUUGGUUUAGUUUGGUUUUUUGUUUACAGUUUGUAUUGAGAGCUUUGUGGGUUAGCGACAAGAAGACUUCGAUUUCCGGUGGUGAUGGGGUGGAGCUGUGGCCGAGGAAAUUGGUUACUGCUAAGUUUUUGAUUGAAGAUAUGAAGAUUGUGAAAAGAGCUGUUGCUAAUGCGACUGUUAAUGAUGUUCUUUUCGGAGUGAUAUCAUCUGCACUGUCAAGAUAUUUGGAUCACAGAUCACCGAAUGCUAUGCAAGAAGGUCAGCAGAUAACAGGGAUGGCCAUGGUUAAUUUAAGAGAACAGCUAACGUUGCAGAAUCUAUCCGAAAUGAUGAAAAGCAAUUCAGGAUCGCAAUCAAAAUGGGGUAACAGUGUCGAUCCUCUUCAGUAUGUGAGAAGAGCUAAGUUGAUGAUUGAUAGGAAGAAAAAAACAUUUGAGGCUCCCUUCACAUAUCGAAUCGGAGAUCUAAUAAUGUCUUUGCUAGGAUCAAAGGCUGCUUGUAUCCUUAAUUACAGGGUACUUUGUAAUACUACGUUUACUGUCUCGAAUGUGGUAGGACCACAAGAGGAGAUUACUUUGAUGGGCAAUCCUAUAACGUUCAUAAGGGCACUAACAAUGCACAUGGUGAGCUAUGCAGGAAAAGCUGAGAUGCAAAUCAUGGUGGCCAAAGACAUUAUCCCUGACCCAGAAUUUCUUGCCAAGUGCUUUGAAGAUGCCUUGCUUGAAAUGAAGGAAGCAGCAGCAGCCACCAUAUAA